UUCAUUUCAUAACACCACAAACCAAAACAGCAUUUUUACAUUAAAUUCAUUUCAAUUUAUUAAAUUCAUUUCAAAUUAUUAUUUAAAAUAUUAAAUGAAAAUAUAAAACAAUUAUGGCUUUAUCAAGGGCUCGUUCCAAUGAAAUACCUAAAGAUGCUGUUGUCAUAAGUGAAGAGCAGGCACUGGCUUAUCAAUGGAAAAUCAUAUCCAAUUGGGAAAAAUUAAGUGAAGUAUGGUCAUUACGUUAUACUCCCGGCAUCAUUGCUGCCUUUGCUACCGGUACUGGUAUUUUUGUUAACAACCACUAUCGGAAUAAACUUAAAUUAGGUACUUAUGGCCGUUUUUCCACUUAUCUUCCAAUCGUUGUUAUACCGGCCCUAUUUACUCUAUCGUGUCAUAAAUUAUUUGUUCAACGCUCCAUUUUGCUGCAACCCAUGUCCGAAUGCCCUACAUGUGUGCAAAUGAGAGCUGCUGCAUUUCAAGUGGGUUUUGGUGUUAUUUAUCCUACAAUUUUGGCUCCCAUGGCUGCCUGUAUGUUUGCUACUCGCCAUUAUACUUAUAGAUUACCUUCGAUAACGGAAAAUCCUUUGGAAGUUUUACAAUUAUUAAAGAAAUUCACUAAACCAAUUGUUCCUAUAUUGGGUUCAAUAUUUGUGGCACAAUCAUUGGCUACCGUAUAUUUGACAUAUAAGGAACAAGAACAGAAUAUUAAAGUUUUAAUUAAAAUGAGAAAGUUUGAACAGCAAGUGGAACAAGAGUUGGGAAUUUAGUUUAAAUUAAUAAUAAAAUGUGUAAAUAAAGUUGUUACAUAUAAAAAUUAAUAAUAAAUGUUUUUACUUUAUCUUGUAAAAUGAA